UCUUUGGAUCCGCUGUGAAUAAACUCUUCCAGACACUUCUGAUCAUCUGACACGCAGUGAGAAACACACCGGCGUCUAAAUACAUCUCCGUCCGUAGAUCCAGAGGCAUUUGUUACACACACACUGGACUUUUGUGUCGGUGUUUGCGUCUGAAGAAAGAAAGAAAGAAAGAAAGAAAGAAAGAAAGAAAAGAAAGAACAAAUAUUUUAGCUUUAUUUUAGGUUGAAGUUUUUAUCUUUUGCUAUAUGAAGGAUAUGGGCAGAUGUGGAAAUACUGUGUUUUGUGCGAUGGUGCUAUUCUACUGUUCUUUCAUUACAGGUGAUUAUCUCUGUGUGUCGUCUGCGGCUAACGUGUCCUCAUCGCUUCACAUGUCACAUAGAAGAAACGGAGUGACUGAUGUCAACUUGACCUCGAGCCCCAGCAGCAAUCAGACACAGUCCUCUACUAACAUCACCAACAGCACUGAGCCCACGCUGCACACAGACACAACAACAGAGACGUUGAAAAACUCAUCCGCCCCGGCAGAGAAUGUCAGUUUUUCUGGGAACAUCUCAGACAGUCGAAAUGACUCGGAUGUGUCACCUGUGAAUAAUAAGACAGCAGUUACCAUGGUAAAUACAACUACGCUCCUUCCAUCAACGACCCUUGAGCCCACAAGCACCAUUCACAUCCGCACGCUCCACCCGACAUCCAGCCGAGCUCCUGACACGAGCAGCCCAGAAUCAACGAGCGCUCGCAGCAGAUGGAGAUCCACUCCAGCAUCAUCCCCCAGUAAUUCCACCACUGUCCCAGCAAGCAGCAGUCCUGUCCGGGCCGAAGCCCACGGCGACACCCCCUCAGCUCUGAACGUCGGAGACCACGACAAUAGCAAAGCGUCCACUGACCCUCUCCUUGCUGGACUGGUGUCAGCGUUCGUCGUCAUCGCUGCCAUCGUGUCGGUCCUCAUAUUCCUCAAAUUCAGAAACACAAAUGGUGGUCCAGAGUUUCGCAGACUUCAAGAUCUCCCCAUGGAUGAUAUGCUGGAGGACGCACCUCUCUCCAUGUACAGCUACUGAAAACCCAGACGUUCCUCAUCAUCUUCAGAGCGCCCAACGUCCUCUGAUCAACACAACACAGACACAAUUAAUAGUGCUUCAUAGAGGCACAAACACUUCUGUUCUGUUACAGGACUAAAUGUAGCGUAAUACUCCACUUUAGUUGUUAAAUUCACCGUGGCUAUCAGUUCCUGUCCGUUGGGUAGUUUUCUUGCACUUUAUGUGGGGUUUGGGAAGGGCUGUGUGCUGCAGGAAUAUUUGGGAGUAGAAUGUAGAAACAAAUUUGGUGAAUUAUUCCUUGAAAGAAAUGUUCCAAGUUCACCACACAAAAUUUCAAUGUCUCUCUCAGUCAGCAACAAUCAUGUUUACAGUAAUGCACUUAUAGUGCAAGUCUAUGCGGUACCAGAAUAAACAAUAAAGAGCAUUUUCUACAGUACAGCCACAAGACUUAAACAAUAUUCAUGUUAACAUGACACUUAUGUUAUAAUAGUCUGCUAAGUUUUAUUCAGUUUUCUUCAAUUACUUUUGCACGACAUGCAAAAGGAGAGACUUCUAUAAUAAGUGCAUUACUGUAAACUGAUUUUUGCUUGUUUUUACAAACUGAGAGAUGAAACUGAACCUUUUUUAAACCUGACGCAUUCCUUUAAUACUGUAUGAACGACAUCAGUAAUGAUUUCCCAGUGUUCAUUUCACUUCAUUCUGUUUAGUUCCGUGAGAAAUAGCAUUUUUGUCAGUUAUAUAGAUGUUCACUUAACAUCAAAUGAAAAUGUGGAAUUGUUUACAUCAUUUGGAAUGUCAUCAAAUAGACAAAACAACGUUGAAAAUGCAACUGGCUCUUGCCUCAUGAUGUUACAAAAUUCAACUGUUUUCAAAAAUCCAUUUGUGUGCACUUCGACAAAGAGGGUACAAAAAAAACAGACAUUAAUCAAUAAAUAGCCAUAAUUUGAAUGCUUUUCUUGUGCCUGAAAUGUUUUAUAAAAACUGAGAAAAAAAAAUGUAGCUAUAGAUUCAAUGUCCAACAUUUUUUUAUUGAUUGAUGAACCAGACAAUAAUACAGUAUUUCCAUCUUUGUGGUGUGUUGGCUGAUGGAUGUGUGAUGUUUACUUUGUGUAAUAAUGUGUGGAAGUGGAUUUAAAGUGUUUCUUAUUACACAUUGUUCUUUUAAUUAAUAAAAUCUUUAAAAUACA